UUUUAAAACAAGAUUUUGUCUUGCUGCAUUCUUCCACUUCACUUCUCUCUACAUGUACCAGAUUUGGGUUUUAGCUCUAGCGGGUUACUAACAACACACUAUUCUGACCUAAUGACACUGCACUUGACGUCUUACGUAGACGAUAUUGUCUCGCGUACUGUGUGGAGUCCACUCAGUUUGUAGUGUCAAUAGUGUUUAACAUUAUUUAGUCUGUUACAAAACUUCAUCAGUUUAGUUUGUAAUGUUGUAGCCAGUGUUGUGGAUUAGUCUCAUCAAGUUCUAGCGCUACAAGUGUUCGUGACGACGUUUAUUGAAUUUAUGACAGCUAUUUAUGUAUUAGUUCAUGACAGCUAUUUAUGUAUUAGAUCAUGACAGCUAUUUAUGUAUUAGUUCAUGACAGCUAUUUAUGUAUUAGUUCAUGACAGCUAUUUAUGUAUUCAGCUUAUGACAGCUGUUUAUGUAUUCUUUUUAUGACAGCUAUUUAUGUAGGCCUAUUCAUUUUUUGACAGCUAUUUAUGUAUUCAGUUUAUGACAUCAAUGAUGUUUUGGAAUUCUCUGACCUGUGACAGUGACUGUAGAUCUAGAGCUAGGAUAUAAAAAAAAUGUACUUACUAAAAUGACCACAAAAAACAGCUGCGGAUCGCAUCUCAUUUUUAAAAUAGUGAUGAUAGGUGACGCUGGCGUUGGGAAGUCCUCAUUGUUUUUCAGAGUCAGAGAUGGUCAAUUCUACGGCGACAACAUGUCAACAAUUGGCGUUGACAGCCUGUCAAAAACUUUCUCUGUAGAUAAUGUGAAAGUGAAGAUAAUACUCAUAGACACGGCAGGUAUCGAAAGAUUUCAAACCCUGACCAGCGGCUUCUAUAGAAACAGCCACGCAGUUUUCCUUGUAUUCAGUGUUGAUAACCCAGUAACUUUAAGCAAUCUAAUUGUCUGGAAUAAAGAUGUGUGUAAAUUUGCACCAGAAGCUCUUAGAUUCGUGAUCGGAAAUAAACAUGACCUCCAUUGUGGACUGCCCAAACAGACACUGGAACAAGUUGCCUACACUAUUGGCUGUGAGUGUGUCUUCACUACUUCUGCUAAAACAGGUGAAGGAAUACUCAAUCUUCUGGACAAUGUCUGUCAAAGUUUAGUCUCGGCACAUAACUUGAAGCAAUACCAAGCAGUGAAUUCCUGGCAAGAACAAAGCAUCCACGUAAAUAAUGGCAACGAGGGGAGACAGUCUGCUUGUUGCUCCUGACCUUUAACCUUACUGCGUAGUACUGGAGUUACUCAUCAUCUGCGACAACCCCAGGGACAGAUGACUUGAAUGAUAUCUAACACUAGAACAGGGGAACAGUAAAAAGUAUAUGUUUAAGGGUCCAGUGUUAUAGCUACAGCCUCUAGAAUUAUAUUAUAUUUAGUAUGAAAUUAAUAAUUCAAAUAAAGAGUUGUGCAAUUGUAAUUCAUCUAUAAGAAGGAAAUAAAAUGUUGAUUUAAUUUAUUGUGUAUUUUGCAGCCUCUGUAUUGUUUAGUUAGAGCCAGUUAGAUGAAUACCAGGACACUGAAGCACAACUUGUUUAAAUGUUUAGGCCAUUUCCCUUCACCAAACGUUAAAAACACU